CGCUUUCAGCUAUAUAUAUAUACACAUGUACAAUUUACAUCGGCUGCAUUGCUAAUUCGACGAUUUCACAUACUGGAUACAUAUUGAUGAACUUUUCACUUGAUCGUAGAUUAAUUAUAUUUGAUGAUCCAUGAAUCAAACCAAAACUAUAAUGCACCAUUCUUUGACAGCUUACUUUGGAUCCGCCAUUACAGUUCCGCUUCUCGUAUUCCCUGCUUCGAUUUGAAAUCAGCUGUCCACGCGUUCCAUGUUCCAGUAGAAAGGAACAGUGCAUGUGUCUAUGAUGAACUGAUUGUGUAAAGAAUUGUCGACGAAGAAAUUCGCAAUAAUUUAACUGUGAAUCUUCAUGUUUUUCUGUAUAUAUUAAAGAAGAGAUAAAGUGUUUGCUCGUAAAAAUGUCAUCGGUACACGAUCGAUUAAAAUUAAAACGAACGUAUGAUAAUUGGAAUAUACGCGAACAACUAUGUUUAGCAUCUAGUGUGUUAAAGUCUGGUGAUCAAAACUGGAUGAGCGUAUCACGAUCCUUAAAGGCAAUUGUUGAAAAGGAAACAUUAAGGCCACCAGAUUGGUUUUCUCAAAAGUCUUGUGCCAUUCAAUAUGCACAUUUAUUGGAAAAUGCGGACACACCGAAGAGGAAGAAGAGAGAAAGUGGAGAAACGACUGGUGAAUCUAUAGUUAGAAAACUAACACAAGAAAGAAUAGCCGAAUUAGGACAAAUAUUAGCUUUUCAAAGGGACGAAUAUCAACAACUGAAAAAUCAACUAAACAUGAUAAAAUCUGGGGCUAUAACUGAAGAUAAAUUGCAAAAGAUGUGGCUUGAAAUUGAACAGGAAGAACGUGAACAGGAACAAAAAGCCAGAGCACAUGCUGCAUGGUUAGUCAAACGUCAGCAAAAGCAGGAAUUAAAUUCUCCACAAGGAGCAUCCGCUAUAAAUCAACGUAAAUCUACUGAAACAUCAAUAGAACUUCAAGAAACAACAGAAACAGUUGAUGAAGAAGAAAAGAAGGGUAAAGGUGGAAGGUCACCAUUAUUAACAAGUCUAUUGAAGUCACCAAGUCCCACUACACAAAUUCAAACAACAACUACUACAGCUCAGGUGAGCUCUCCUACAAUUACAAGUCUACUUGGUUCCAGUCCCAAAAUUCCAAAUUCUCAAUUAACACAAAAUGUUACUCCACAACUGCAUCAGAUUGUUUCUACUGCAAUUACAAGUGCACCGCCAGAAAGACCAUCAGUUGGUGCACCAACUCUGUCUAUGUUACUUGAAAUGCCCACUAAUGCACAACGAGGUACUCUACCAAAUUUGCAGUCAACCCCAAACAUUGUACCACAACAGAGUGUGCCCACAGAAGUUCAUACCUUACAGCCACAAUCUGUUCAUCAGAUAACAAUUCAGAAUGAUACACCGGUGGCUACUCAACCACUUACAAUUAAUCCACCAAAUAUACCAGUCACAGAAAGUAUGGUACAGAUAAUAGAUAAUAUAGAUGAUGUAAUACGUAAAGAUAUCAUGGCAGAUGUAAUAGACAAAGAUGAAAUUAAUGAAAUCAUUGGCGAUAUAGAAGAGUUAAUAAAAGAAGAAAUAACUGGAAGUCCACAGACUCUAGAUACAGCUACUACAACAAUAAAUACUCUUACUGUUCCCCAAAUUCAAGAAGUUCCAGUAGUCACAGAACGACCAGAGCCUAGGGAUGUAGAUGAAGUUGUAUCUCUCUCUAAUUCGCCAGAAAGUGAGAUGGCUAUUGAAGAAAUUGAUUCUAGUACUUCUAAUAUUGCAGAAAUUAUAGGAACGGUUGCAAUUGAGCCCCAAGAACCUAAAGUUAUUGUUACAGAAAUAUCUGAAACUGCAUCUAGUAUAUCUGAACAAGUAAAAUCUGAAGACUCGGUAAACCAUGAAAGGGUAACAGUACCUGAUGAACUUAUCCCUGAGUUAGAGGCUAACGAUGGUGAAAAUAGCAAAGAUGUACCAUUAGAAGAAAAACAGAUAGUCGAGGAAUUGGAUACUAUGGAUUCUACUUCAAAUGCAGAAGCAGAAGAAGCUGAUUCUAAAAUACCUAUAAAAGAGCUAGAUGAAAUGGUAGAAGAUGAAAUAGAAGAAGAAGAAGAAACCGAGGUUGUUGUAUCAGAGGCUAAAGAGUCACCCAGUAACAAACUGCAAGGGGAGUCUUCUGAAGAGCUGGAUAAUAAAGGAAACAUGGAACUAGAUCAACUAGAGAUGCACCUUGCUAAAAUUACAGGUGAACAGCAGGAUGUUCCAUCGGCAGAAGUAGUUAGCGUUUCUUCUGAGGUAACAAACGAUCUUCCCAGUACUGAAGAUACUGAAAAGUCUCAGGACAUUAGUUUGAUUUUAGAAGAUGAUGAAAGUGUACAUAGUGCAGAGGAUAAGAAAAAAAUAACAGAAGAACAAAUCAUAGAAAAUACUAUUGAAAGUACAGAAUCAGUUGAAUCUUUUAAAGAGGAACCUAUAAUUGUAAUAAAAGAAAAAACUAUUAUCGAGGUAAGCGAACAAUCACCAGAAAAAUCUCAAGAGGAACACACAGAAGAAACUCUAGAAAUUUACACAGACGAAUUCAAGAAGGAAGAUACAAAGGAUUCUUCUGAAGAUACGACCAGCUCUAUUUUACAAGACAUAGAAAUUAAGGAAGAAGAAAUAGAGGAAACAGCAAUUGUAGAAGAUUCCACUCAACUGGUGUCUCCAGAAGAAAUUGAAAGUUCAAAGCAAGAAUUUGUGGAGCCUAUCAAAUGCGAGAUUGAUGUUCCUAAUAUUAAAAAAGAAGAAAGUACCUUUGAGGAAUCUAAAGUAGAGGAAGAAUCCAAAAUUCGAUUAGAGAAUGUUACUAUGUUGGAAGUAAGGAAAGAAGAUAUCCCUAUAAAGGAAGAAAAGGAAGAUAAGAAGACUAUAGACGCCGAACAAAAUAUAAAAAAGGAAACAGAACCAAUAGUAAGUGCUGGAGAAGAAACCGUUGAAUUGGACGAGGAAGAAUCAUCGUUAAGUAAAUUAAGCGGAGGACGAGCUAUGAAAACUUACUCCAAAAAGCAAAAUGCGUCUAUCGACAGUGAGCCAGAAAAUGAAGGUACCGGAGAAGGUGCAGAUUACAGAGCAUGGAAAAAGGCAGUUAUGUUAGUUUAUAAUCGUCUGGCUACACAUAAAUAUGCAUCUGUAUUCUUGAGGCCAAUCACAGAAGAUCAAGCACCUGGAUAUCAUUCAGUUAUCUUCAGGCCUAUGGACUUAUCAACGAUUAAAAAGAACAUAGACAAUGGCACCAUUAGGUCCACAAUGCAUUUUCAACGUGACGUCAUGUUAAUGUUUCAAAAUGCCAUUAUGUACAAUAAACACGAUACCUUUAUUUAUAAAAUGGCUGUUUCGAUGCAGGAAGAAUGUCUACAGCAUAUGCAGAUAUUGGUACAAGUUACAGGUGAGGGAACACUCAGAAGAGAAACAAGAACUGCAGCAAGCAGUAGCAGUGAGGCUAGUGAAAGUAGCAUAAAGAGGAAAAGAAGUCAUAUUACACCAAGUCCUCACGAUACAGACAGUCCACGUUCAAAGAAACGUAGAAAAUCAGAAAAUGAUUAGGAUUUCUUGUUUGUGCAUACUUACAUAUAUGUAUGUAUGUACAUGUAUAUCUACAUGUGAUAAACAUUGAAGUUUGUAAGAACUGUUUCGAAAAAAAAAGGAAAGAACAGGCAAUUCUGUGUCCUGUUGGCAUCAAAGGAAAAUGUUGAACAUGAAAGAUGUUUGAAGUAUACAAGAGGAAAUGCAACGAUUGUGCAUUCGAUUUUAUUGCUUUCUCCCAACAGUAGAAAUAUAGAAAAGGAAAUUUUAUAUUGACUGUAUAGAUUUAUUUUAAUUUCUUUUGUAACAUACUGUUGUGGCAUUGUGAUCUUAAAGUCUAAUUAUUUGUAAUUCAUGGCUUUAUAAAAAAGAAAACCUUAUGGCCAUAUGCUUUUGU